AACGUACAGUUGUGUAUUCACCCAUGCUGAAAGGUACGACAGAGAAACAACGUCGCGUUAUCAACGUGGAUCCAAUUUGCAAAAUCGACAAGUAAUUCAACGUUAAUCCAACGACUACAAAACAACCUCAGUUCACCCAUGCUGCAGGCAAGACGGUGAAACAACGUCACAAUAAUCAACGCUGAUGCAAUUUGAUAAAUCGAAACAUAAUCCAACGUUGAUUCAACCAUGGUACCGACGUUGAUUCACCGGCAAAUCAACGUUGAAAUGCCGGCUGGGUUAAUAUACCUACUAGCGUGAUCUAACGUUAAUGUUAAAUUUAGCUUAAAGUUUAAUGUUGAUAUUAAACCUAGUUCAAUAUGUUAUUACAUGAGACCAGCAUUAAGUAAUGCUAAUAAAAUGGGCCUCAUUAUUGUGUUCUUACGACUGAAAACAUAUAUGGAUAUACGCUGAAUAAACUAACGUUAGCUCUUGUCUGAAUGCUCCUAGACGUUGCUUUUGUUUCGUCCGUAAAACAGCUUAAGCCCGUUACUGCUCGCAUCAGCAGUUGCACCAGUGUUAGUAAUCUUGUCAAAAUAAAUAAGUAUUUCCAGAACGAAAGGAGAAAUCUGACAAAUCAAAAAGCAAAAGGUUUUGAUACAGCAUUUAGGGGAAAUAACCGGCUGCACCACCGUCUGCGCAGAACAGCUGACGUCUGCCUCGACGCUGUCACUUACAUAGGAGCAUGGCUCAGACCUGGGGUAACUUUUUCUUCUCUCUACUCGAUUACAAGACCGAGAAAUUCAUCAUCGCUAAAAACAAAAAGGUCGGAGUUCUGUUCAGACUCUUUCAGCUGGGGGUGCUUGGAUAUCUGAUCGGGUGGGUUUUUAUUUGGAAGAAAGGAUAUCAGGAGACCGAGGAAGUCAUCCAGAGUUCUGUGAUCACCAAACUCAAGGGUGUAGAUCUCACCAACAGCUCUCAGUUUGGUCUGCAUAUAUGGGGUGCAGAGGACUAUGUCAUUCCCCCACAAGGGGACAGAGUCUUCUUUAUUGUGACAAAUUAUGUAGUGACACCCAACCAAAAGCUGGGUUACUGCCCUGAGAGUCCUAAAGUGCCAGAUGGUUUAUGUACUUAUGACAAUGAAUGUGUGGAAGGGGAAUCUGUCAUAGCAGGCCAUGGAGUGAAGACAGGUCGCUGUAUAAACGACACAGGAACGUGUGAGAUUCAUGCCUGGUGCCCUGUUGAGUAUGGCAAGACACCAUCGAAGCCAUUGUUGGCAAAGGCAGAAAACUUCACAAUCUAUGUAAAGAACUUCAUCAAGUUUCCAAAAUUUGCCUUCUCCAAAUCGAACGUCCUGCCUACCACCAAUAACACAUAUCUGAAGAUGUGCAGAUAUGAUAAGGACCAUCAUCCAUAUUGUCCCAUCUUUCUUGUGGGAGAUGUGAUUAACUGGACUGGAAACAGUUUCCAGGAUUUGGCAAUAAAGGGUGGUUCAAUUGCAGUUGGAAUCGAAUGGAAUUGUGAUUUGGAUAAAGAUGAAUCUCAUUGUAACCCUGAAUAUAGCUUCACACGCUUAGAUUCCUCUACCAAUUCCCAGAACACUGCCAUUUCAGGUUACAACUUCAGAUUUGCUCGAUACUACAAUGAUGCAGCAGGUCAAUCCUAUCGCAACCUAUUUAAAGUGUAUGGCAUUCGCUUUGAUAUAUUAGUUAAUGGAAAGGCUGGGAAAUUCAAUAUCAUUCCUACAGUGAUCAGCAUUGGCUCUGGGCUUGCUUUAAUGGGUGCUGGGGUUUUUGUCUGUGAUAUGAUUCUGCUCUACAUGAUGAGCAAAAGCUCCUUAUACCGAGAGACAAAAUUUGAGGCAGUCACAAAAAAGCAAUCUGGAAAGCAGAGAGAGAGAAAGCAUGUGAGACACCACUGUCACCAUCGCCAAGAUGGGCGGCACAAGAGAGAGGAGAAACAGGAAACAGAGAUACAGCCAUUGACAUCAGAGUCAUGUCAGCCCAAUAACAACCCAGAAAAACAGAUCCAGCCCACAAGCUCAGCACUCAAAACCCACAGUUCUGAGAGAAGGCCACAGGGCACAGUGUCAUUCAGGACUCAGCAUGCUACAGAAAAACAGACUAUUUCUGCCGUUUCCACCCUGAAAACACCACGCAACCAGUAGAGGAUUUUUUUGAUGCUGAAUCCCAUUGGAUUUUACUGUGAAUUUAUGAAAGGAGGUAUAAUAGCGGGUCUAUGCUCAGUCAUACCAAAGAGGAAUACUGGCAGUGUUGUUAUGCUGUCCUAGUGUUUUAAAUGGCAGUGUAAGUUUUUGUUACAAAGGAUUUGCAAUAAGAUAAAUAUAAAUGAUUUAAUAGAAAUAUGGCCUGACAUCAAAAAUUGUCAAACCAAGGUUGAAUAAAUGUUAAAAUAUUUGACAGAAAA